CAAGUGCGAGUCAGGCCAGUCCUUCAUCAUCUUCGAUCCAACCAUAAUCUCAUCAGUUCAAGUUAAGUUCCCAUCAAAUACGGACACGCGAUACAUUUUAUUUCGAUCGAUCAUUCAAAUUUAUUUAAUACACAAUUUGUAAUCGUAUAUAAGUAAAUAAGCGAUAAGAAAUAAAAGAAUUAAAAUGAGUUGCCCUUUUAAUCGAAAUGGUAACAGCCACGAUGAUAACGCCAUUCCCCUUGGAUCUGAUGUGGGCAUGAUCUAUGGUGAAUAUCUAAUGUUAGAUAAGGUUCUAUCAGCUCAACGAAUGCUUUCAACUCAGGACAAUCGAACAGUACACGAUGAACAUUUGUUUAUUGUUACUCAUCAAGCUUACGAAUUAUGGUUCAAGCAAAUCAUAUACGAACUUGAUUCAAUUCGUGAAAUGUUAAGUGAUGAAACAAUUGAGGAGUCAAAAACCUUGGAAAUACUCAAACGUUUAAAUCGGAUUGUUCUCAUAUUAAAGCUCCUUGUUGACCAAGUUCCAAUUCUCGAAACAAUGACACCACUCGAUUUCAUGGAGUUUCGUAACUAUUUAGCUCCAGCUUCUGGCUUUCAAAGUCUUCAAUUUCGUUUAAUUGAAAACAAACUCGGUGUCAAAUCUGAAAAUCGCGUCAAAUACAAUCAGCGAUACUCGGAAGCUUUUGGUGAUGAUAAAUCAGCUGCAGAUGCUAUAAGUGGAUCUGAGAAUGAUCCGUCCCUGUUGGAUCUUAUUGAUAGGUGGUUAGGGAGGACCCCGGGUCUUGAAGUUGAUGGUUUUAAUUUCUGGCACAAGUUCCAGGAGAGCGUUGCAGUAUUCUUAGAUCAAGAAGAAAAAAAUGCUCGACUUGAAAAAUUGGAACAUGCUCGAAACUAUCGACUGAUGGACAUUGAGAAACGUCGUGAGGUGUACCGGAGUAUUUUUGAUCCAAAUGUUCACAAUGCAAUGGUAUCACGCGGGGAUCGUCGAUUUAGCCACAAAGCAAUGCAAGGAGCCAUCAUGAUAAACUUUUAUAGGGACGAACCACGCUUUAGCCAACCACAUCAAAUGUUAACAUUGUUAAUGGAUAUUGAUUCGUUGAUCACAAAAUGGCGAUAUAAUCAUGUAAUGAUGGUGCAAAGGAUGAUUGGUUCACAACAACUUGGAACUGGUGGUUCAUCUGGUUACCAAUACUUGCGUUCAACACUGAGUGAUCGAUACAAAGUGUUUUUGGAUUUAUUUAAUUUGUCAACUUUCUUAAUACCAAGAGAAGUUAUUCCUCCACUUAAUGAACGAAUGAGGCAAAAACUUAAGUAAUACGUGUUUCUAUUUUCGAAGCAUUUCAAAAGUUGUUUUCUCAAAUGUACAUUUUUUCUUGAAGUGAGAUAAUAAAAUUCAAUAGCAAAGUU